AUGUUAUCCAGAUUUGCUCUACAUUCAAAACUAUUCCGAGUAGCAGCACCAAUUUAUAAUAGGGUUAGGUUAGGUAACCUAACCAAACAAGCAGUCCCUACCAAGUUGAAUAAGUCAAUCAUAGUAUCAGGGUUUCCUAAACCCAAUGGACAUCCUCAACAGAAUCCCUAUGACGGACCGGAACGUGAUCUUGAGAAUUUCCCUAGAAUGGUGAGGUUAGAAGAACCUGCCAAAACAAGAUAUCUUUUUGUACCGGAAGGAUGGUUUGAAUAUUUCUAUAAAAAAACCGGAGUUACCGGUCCAUAUGUUUUAGCUGCUGGUGUGACUACUUUUUUACUCAGCAAAGAGAUUUGGGUAGUGGACCAUGAGUUCUCUUAUGUAUUUGCAACCAUAGGCCUAUUUUAUAUGGGAUGGAAAAAAAAAAUUGGAUCUUCUAUAGCUAAUUUUCUCGAUAGAGAAAUUGAUGAAUACGAAAAAUCAUGUAAUGAUAGUCGUCAAAAUGAAGUUGACAAUUUAAAUAAAUGCAUUGAACGGCAAAAACGAGAAAUAUGGAGAACUGAAGCUCAAAAACAUUUAAUACUUGCAAAACGAGAAAACAUAGCCAUUCAGUUAGAAGCUGUGUACCGUGAACGAGCUCAAAAAAAAUACAACCGAAUAAAAACACAUUUGGAUUACCAAGUGGAGUUGACUAACUUGACACGUUCAGUACAACAAAGGCACAUGGUGAACUGGAUCAUUGAAAAUGUUCAUAAGCCAUUAACAAAUGAACAAGAAAAGCAAAAUUUUAAAAACUGCAUGGCUAGUUUAGAAGCAUUAGCUGCAAAAGAAAAAAUCUAA